AUGGACUGGAGCUCUUACGAGCCGGACUCCCUGGUGGUGCCCCCUCUCACCCCCACCAGUAAGGAUGUCCUUAGCCGGGCUGUGAAAGCCACCUUCGCCGGCUUCACACAGGAGCGAAUCCGCCUGCGAUUCCCACCAGACCCUAAACUGUGGUCAGAGUGGGAGGUUAGUCAUUGGUUAGACUGGUGCCAGGCUGAGUUCAGCCUCCAUAGCCUGGGCCCGGAUUUGAAGGGUAUGCCCGGGAAUGAGCUGUGCUCCCUGGACAGAGAGGAGUUCCUGGCCCUGACCUCUGACUGCACCGCUGGAGAAAUUCUAUGGGAGCACCUGGAGACUAUGCGCAGUGACUGUGACUUGGAGGUGGGGCCACCGUGCUGCAGUGUUACAGAGAUAACUACAUCAGUUUCCUGGGUUGGUCAGCUCCAAGACCCGGAGCAGGAAGAGAAGGAUGUGCCCAUGUCCAGCGAGGCCUACUCCCUACCACACCAAGGUGGAAAUUUCAAAGAGUUUGUAGGGGAGAAGGGGGACCUCAGUGGAUGUGGGAGAGCUGUGGUCUCAGCAGUGUUUCUUGCUGGUUAUACUGGAAGUGGGCCCAUACAGUUAUGGCAGUUUCUACUGGAGCUUCUCUCUGAUCGCAGUUGUCAGUCAUUCAUCACCUGGACCGGGGAUGGCUGGGAGUUCAAAUUGACGGACCCUAACGAGGUGGCCCGCCUGUGGGGCAGGCGGAAGAACAAGCCCAACAUGAACUACGAGAAGCUGAGCCGCGGCCUGCGCUACUACUACGACAAGAACAUCAUCCACAAGACCGCUGGCAAGCGCUAUGUGUACCGCUUCGUCUGCAACCUGCGAGGCCUGUUGGGGUGUGACCCCGGGGGGCUGUGCACCCUGCCGGACACCCCGCCUGGAGACGGACAGGAGUGA